AUGUUGAAGUUUUUCUUGCUGUUUUGCGCGCUAGCUGCGUCCAGCUGGGCUGACAUCGCUGAGGAAGACGAUGUCCUGGUGCUGAAGAAAAGUAACUUUGAUGAGGCUUUGAAAGCUCAUCCCAACAUCCUGGUCGAGUUUUAUGCUCCGUGGUGCGGCCACUGCAAGGCCCUCGCUCCUGAGUAUGCCAAGGCUGCCGGCAUGCUGAAGGCUGAGGGUUCAGAUAUUCGUCUGGCUAAGGUGGAUGCCACAGAGGAGACUGAGCUUGCCCAAGAAUUUGGCGUUCGGGGAUACCCCACUAUAAAGUUCUUCAAAGGUGGGGAGAAGACCUCACCAAAAGAGUACUCUGCUGGGAGACAGGCUGACGAUAUUGUUGGCUGGUUGAAGAAGCGCACGGGCCCAGCAGUGGCAGUCCUGUCAGAGGUCACAGAGGCAGAGUCUUUGAUUGCUAACAAUGAGGUUGUGGUCCUUGGCUUCUUUAAGGAUGGAAAUUCUGAUGAUGCCAAGGCCUUUGAGAGUGCAGCUGAAGCUACAGAUGAAAUUCCCUUUGCCAUGACAUCUGAAGAUGCUGUUUACUCGAAGUUUGAGGUGUCCAAGGAUGGUAUUGUCCUCUUCAAGAAGUUUGAUGAGGGCCGCAAUACAUUUGAUGGAGAGGUGACCAGAGACAACAUCCUGGCUUUUGUGAGGGCCAACCAACUUCCUCUGGUCAUUGAAUUCACUGAGCAGACUGCCCCUAAAAUAUUUGGUGGGGAAAUCAAGUCCCACAUCCUUAUGUUUUUGCCUAAAGCUGCAUCAGACUUCCAGGAGAAAAUGGACCAUUUUAAGAAAGCAGCAGGUGGCUUCAAAGGUCAGAUCCUCUUCAUUUUCAUCGACAGUGAUGUGGAUGACAACCAGCGCAUCCUAGAGUUCUUUGGGCUGAAGAAAGAAGAGUGUCCUGCCAUCCGUCUCAUCACUCUAGAAGAUGAAAUGACAAAGUACAAACCUGAGAGUGAUGUCAUUACAGCAGAGAGUAUCACUGAAUUUUGCAAACUUUUCACAGAAGGAAAACUCAAGGCCCACCUCAUGAGCCAGGACAUCCCCGAUGACUGGGACAAAAACCCUGUUGCAGUUCUGGUUGGCAAGAACUUUGAGGAGGUCGCCUUUGAUCCAAAAAAGAAUGUCUUUGUGGAAUUUUAUGCACCUUGGUGUGGCCACUGCAAGCAGCUAGCUCCCAUCUGGGAAAAGCUUGGUGAGAAAUACAAGGACAGCGAUGACAUCAUUGUGGCCAAGAUGGACUCCACAGCCAAUGAGAUUGAAACGGUCAAAGUCCACAGCUUUCCUACUCUAAAGUUCUUCCCUGCAGGAGAAGAGCGCAAGGUAAUUGACUACAAUGGAGAGAGAACACUGGAAGGAUUCACAAAGUUUCUGGAGAGUGGCGGCACAGAGGGUGGCGCCCCUGCUGGGCAAGAUGAGGAUAUUGACUCAGAUGAUUUGGGUGACAUGGACAUGGAAGGUGAAGAUGAUUCUGAUGGUGAGGGUGGCGAUGACCAUGACGAGUUAUAAGAGGUGGCAAAGGAGAGAAGAGAUGAGUCCCACCCCAUCACUUCCAACAAGUUGCCAUCACAAACUUCACUUCCUCAUUGAACAUUAAUACUUCUUACUUACUCACCUCUCUGUCAGACUGGUCUUGUCCCAACUGGGUGGGACUCAGUGGAACAGCACCACCUCUGUGGGAAGACCUCAAUGCCUUCUCGACAAAGCUCCACAUCAACUGUUUGCCUUUAUCUUCUGAACCAAAUGUGUGUGUGUGUGUGUUGGGGGGGGGGUGGCAUUGGCAUUGACAUCCAGUUUUAAAAAUGUUUACGAACCUGAAGGUUUUGCUCCCCUUCUGUCAAAAACCCUGGUCAUUGGGUGUGAUUAUAUUGUUUUGGGGAGAGAUCAGUGUUCUUCUCCCUGUAAAUGUAGAGGACCACAGUUUAAAGGACUGACUUCUCAGGGGCCAAGGUGCCAUUCUGUAUGUUGGGGUUUUUUGUCUUGAUUAAAACACCUAAUGGGCUCAUGUGGUGCUGCACAGAAGGCCCUCCCCAGUCUAAUCUGAAACGAAUAUUUUUGUUGGUGGGGCAUUCCUUUUUUUUUUUUCCUUCUUCUCCUGUAUUCAUUCCCUUCUCAAACUUCAGCACUGCUACUGACCAUUUUC